AUGUCUGGGAAUCUCUCAAGUAGGAUUAUGAAUAUGAAUUUCAUGCAAAAAGCUGAUACACAGAAAAAGAAAGACCAGCGACAACAAGAUGAGCAUGCAUCAAAAAUCAAGGAUACUUCAGAGUGGGAACUACCUAAUCUGAAGCAUAUACUCAGAGUAGUAUCAAGGCGACCCCGGGUAGAGUGUGUUGGGUAUGGUAAUAUAAUGAGUGAUGCCAAUUAUUUUGCAUCAAACAGGCGGCGGUCAUGGGGCGGAUCGUUACAAGUCGAAGAGGUGACGAGUGAUAAUCUGGAAUUGAGCUCUGGCGGCGACUCUAAACCCAAAAUCAAUAAGAGGAAGGAAACUGGAAAACUGCAAGACCUUAGUUCUUUAUGGCGUAAACGAAAAAUAGACGAUUCUGAAAACGGAUUGAGUGGGAAGAAACGUAGUCAUAGGAGUUAA